AUGCAUAGUAGCAAGCCAAAGAUUGAAGUCCUACCUGGUUUCGAUGUGGAUAGUGGGAACAACUGGAUUUAUCCUACUAAUUAUCCUCUGCGUGAUUAUCAGUAUAAUAUUACACAAAAAGCUCUAUUUAAAAAUACUUUAGUGACAUUACCUACUGGACUGGGUAAAACAUUUAUCGCUGCUGUUGUUAUGUACAACUUUUUUCGUUGGUAUCCCAAUGGCAAGGUUGUUUUUAUGGCACCUACUAAACCAUUAGUUGCUCAACAAGAAGAAGCAUGCUAUAAUGUGACGGGAAUUCCACGAGAUACUACCAUUAGGCUGACAGGAACUAUGAAUCCCGAUAAACGACGUCAAGUCUGGCAGUCUAAGCGUGUGUUUUUUCUAACUCCUCAAGUAUUACAAAAUGAUCUUAAUCGAGAGACCUGUUGUGCCAAUGAUAUCGUUUGCUUGGUUGUAGACGAAGCCCAUCGAGCUUUAGGAAAUCAUGCAUAUUGUCAGGUUAUUAGAGGCCUUUGCAAUUAUACGCGAAACUUUCGAGUUCUAGCCUUAAGUGCAACACCGGGUGAUGAUAUUCAAAAUGUACAAAAAGUUAUUGCAAACUUGCUGAUAUCCGAUGUGGAAAUAAGAUCGGAAGAGUCAAUCGAUAUUCGACCUUACACACAUAAAAGAAGUAUUCAGAAAAUUGUUGUUCCAUUAAGUGAAGAAUUAAAAGCGAUUAAAGCCAAAUUUCUUACGAUUCUUGGUGAUGUAAUUGAACGUUUGCAUAGACAGCAAGUACUAUACAGUAAUCAAGUUGAAAGAUUAUCUAAAUAUCAAAUUCUCAAAGCGCGAGAGCAAUUUCGGAAAGGGACAUCCGGAUUUUCAACUCAACGUGGAAGCAUUGAAGGAGAUUUUGCUCUAGCCAUCAGUUUAUAUCAUGCUUAUGAAUUAUUAAUACAGCAAGGAAUGAAAUCCUUCUAUCAAUUUGCUAAAGGCAUUGUUGACAAUAGCAAGAGUACAUCUAAAGUUAGAGGAAACUUGGCUAAGAAUCGCAUAUUUAUCGAAAUUAUGGACGAACUAAACUUUAAAUUUAAUCGCUCUUACAAUAGUCAGUUGACUCCUAAAUCAAAAACUACUAACGUCCAGUUUUUGCUUAAUAGUCAUCCAAAAUUAAGUAAAUUAAGAGACAUUGUCAUUGGGCACUUCGAAAACUUUAUAGUUCCAGACAGUAACUCUGGACAAUCAUCGUUAAAAACACGGAUAAUGAUAUUUGCUCAAUAUCGAGAUUCUGUAGUAGAAAUAACUGAUCUUCUCAAACAUUAUUCACCGACCGUGAAAGUUAUGAGCUUUACGGGUCAAGCAACUUCAGGAGGUAAAAGUUCACGCGGCUUAUCUCAAAAGGAACAAUUAAAGGUCAUUCAAGACUUUCGUCGUGGCGGUUAUAAUACUCUAGUUUCAACAUGCGUAGGAGAAGAAGGAUUAGAUAUAGGUGAUGUUGAUUUAAUUAUAUGCUAUGAUUCCAACACAUCACCUAUACGAUUAGUGCAACGAAUGGGUCGCACUGGCCGUAAGAGACGAGGAAGAGUCGUCCUACUAGUAACGGAAGGUAAAGAGGAGCAGGCAAGUUCACUUCAAAGUAAAACAGAAAAUAAAAAGAAAAGUAUUCACCGAGCCAUUCGUGACAGCGUCAAUUCAUUUCAAUUAUACCAACAUAAUCCAAGAAUGGUUCCAGCUCAUCUAAAACCCCAACCCUAUAAGACUGAAUUAACUGUUAAAAAGUUAGAUGAUGAUGAACAAGAUAUAACAAAGAGUACCCAUAGCAAUGACAAUAUACUGGCCUAUUUGAAGAAGGGUACGAUUUUUACUACCUAUCAAUUGAUCGUAUGCCUUUAUCGGUAUUUGUUAAAAUUUCAUGAACGCUUCAUAGUUAAUAUUCUGUUUACUUUAUAA